AUGGCGCCCGAACGAGUCGGAGAAUCCUCCGACUCUUUGUCUCGGCGACGCCCAACCUUCGCGGCUAGAACUGCCCAAGAAGAUGUCACUCGUCUAAACCCGGAGGAGUCCCAUAACGCUACUCCCGAUGAACGGACUCGCCUGCUACCCUUGACCCCGACUCGCUGGGCCCGUCCAUAUGAACCUGUUUAUUUGUCGGAACCAGCAGAAGAGGAAGGCCAUUCAUCGCGCGCAGAUUAUUUUCAGGGGUUUUCUCGAUGGUGGCAUAAAAAAGGGGGCUACAGCCAAGAACAGGGGCCUAGCGGAGAUGCUGCUUCACAUAAUGUGUCUCUGGCUGCGGGCCCUCUCCGCGAUUCCCGCGCUGAUAAGAAGGACAAGGGUGGACAUAGAUCCCACUCGCUGGAUGAGCCGAAGAAACUUGGUACAUACUCCGGUGUCUUUGUUCCGACGACCCUGAAUGUAUUGAGUAUUCUUAUGUUCCUGCGGUUCGGGUUCAUUCUUGGACAAGCUGGUGUAUUGGGCAUACUAGGGUUGCUUCUUGCAUCCUACACAAUCAAUCUUGUGACAACGAUGUCCUUGUCUGCAAUUGCAACAAACGGGACAGUCCGAGGUGGUGGUGCCUACUAUUUGAUCUCUAGAUCCCUGGGCCCCGAGUUCGGUGGCUCCAUCGGCAUCGUAUUUUACCUUGGGUACGUCUUCAACACUGGUAUGAAUGCGGCUGGUCUAGUAGACUGUUUCACGCAGAAUUUUGGCACACAGUCCGGUGAUUGGGCCAACUUUCUCGCGGAAGGAUUCUGGUGGCAGUACCUUUGGGGGACGAUCAUUCUGGCAUUUUGCACGGCUAUUUGCUUAGCAGGAAGCUCCAUAUUUGCUAGGGCAAGUAAUGGACUCCUGGUUAUACUGCUAGUAGCCACCUUCAGCAUUCCACUUUCUGCAAUCUUUAUGAAGCCUUUCUCAGCUCCUCGCCAAGGCGUGGAGUUCACAGGGCUUCGUUUGGAGACUUUGAUGGGUAACCUCAAACCGCAUUUGACCAAGGGGGCGGCUGGGAGUCAGAUAAAUGGGAAAGAAAACUUCCAAGACCUCUUCGGCAUUCUAUUCCCUGCUACAGGAGGAAUCUUCGCAGGUGCAAGCAUGUCUGGAGACUUGAAGAACCCAAGCAAAUCUAUUCCCAAGGGUACGCUUUCGGGCUUGGCUUUGACCUUUGUCGCCUAUGGGCUUGUCAUCAUUGCGAUGGCGGCCUCGGUGACCCGGGAGUCGUUCUAUAACAACGUGAAUGUCAUACAAAUUGUCAAUGCCUCCGACAGCGUGAUUCUACUCGGAGAAUUUGCGACUAGUUUCUUUUCCGCUCUGAUGGGCGUGAUUGGAUCCGCAAAGCUCCUUCAAGCAAUUGCAAGAGAUAGUCUGUUGCCCGGCAUAGGGAUCUUCGGCCAAGGCACGCGGAAAGCCGACGAUCCAGUAUAUGCCAUCAUCGUGACAUUCGUCUUUGCGCAGCUCACAAUGCUUUUCGACAUCAACCGUAUUGCAUCUUUCGUUACAAUGACCUAUUUGAUGACUUUCCUCGUGACUAACCUUGCUUGUUUCCUCCUGAAGAUUGGCUCUGCGCCCAACUUCCGUCCAUCCUUCCACUAUUUCAACUGGCAGACUGCAGCGGCAGGAACGCUGGUUAGCGGAGCCAGCAUGCUGUUUGUGGAUGGUCUUUAUGCUACGGGAUGUGUAGGCAUCCUGGUGAUUCUCUUCUUGCUGAUUCAUUAUACCUCGCCACCCAAACCUUGGGGCGAUGUCAGUCAGAGUCUGAUCUAUCAUCAAGUCCGAAAAUACUUGCUUCGCCUACGUCAGGAACACGUGAAAUUCUGGCGUCCACAGAUCCUGCUCUUUGUCAGCGAUCUGGACAAGCAGUACAAGAUGGUCUCUUUCUGCAACUCUCUGAAGAAAGGAGCUCUAUUUGUCCUAGCUCAUGUUCUCGUAACAGAUGACUUUUCAGCAGCUGUCCCCGAAGCACGUCGCCAACAGACGGCAUGGACAAAAUUCGUCGAAUAUUCCAAAAUCAAAGCUUUUGUCAACAUUGCCGUUUCCCCUGCCGCAGAAUGGGGUAUGCGCAAUAUCGUCCUGAAUUCUGGGCUUGGCGGCAUGCGGCCUAACAUCGUUGUGAUUGACCAAUUUCGAUCGGGCCACUCCCUUGUGGAAACACUGUCUACGAGCAGCGGCCGCAGAGACUCUAGAUCUAGACGCCCGUCUAUUCAUUCGGGUACGCGGUCCGAUGAAUCAAACGAGACUGAACCGACAACCUCGCCUAUGAGCGGGCAGAGUUAUGUGACAAUCCUUGAAGAUCUCUUGUUCAACCUUCGGAUCAACGUUGCCGUAGCUAAGGGAUUCGAGAAUCUGGAGCUGCCCGAUCCGAACGGCCAUCAUACUAAGAAAUACAUUGAUUUGUGGCCGAUCCAAAUGUCCGCUGAGCUUGGGGCAGACAGUGAAAGCAAACAGAAUGUGCUGACCACCAAUUUUGACACAUACACCCUGAUUCUUCAGCUGGGCUGUAUUCUCAACACUGUUCCCUCAUGGAAGAAAACCUACAAGAUUCGAGUUGCAGUGUUUGUGGAGUACGAGACUGAUGUGGACGACGAAAGGGGGCGCGUUGAGACUCUCCUUGAAAAACUACGCAUUGAAGCUGAAGUUUUGGUCUUCUGGCUUGCCUGCGGCGAUCUUCAGGCGUAUCAAGUCAUUGUAAAUGGCGACACAUCGGUUACGACAGACGCUCAGGAGAGGGUUCAUUCCAUAUUACAAGAUGAGCACUGGUGGCAUGGUGUCUUACAAGCCCGUGGCCAUGAUCAAGACCCACAGGAAUCGGAUAGAACAAGUGAGAGGCUUCAUCUUGAUAAAUCAUAUAGCUGGCAAGGACCCUCGAGCCAAGACAGCGGAGCAAAACCUUCGCACCAGCGAGUGACCGGACUGCGAAAGCUAAUCCAAUCCACUCGUCGGAGACGAUCUGUUUCUAGUUUCCGGGCUCUGGGAGGAGUGAAUCUCGGCAUGCAAACGCACCGUUUGCUCGAUGCAUUUGUCAACUACGAGAGCUCCGACAGCUCCGACAGCUCGAGUGAGAGUGAGGACAGUGAUCUGGACCCAUAUACCGACGAGCCAGAGGAUGGCGGAGAGGACAUAGCCAGCGCUCGAAACGAGGCUCGCAGACUCCCCAACUACACCGAUGGCCGCAAGCCAAGGAGAAGAGGCACCCCCGGCCAGACCAUCAAUCCAUCCAUAAUUGAAACUGGCGACGAUGCCUCACCGAAAAGCAAAUCACCCGGUCUACGGCCCCCGAUCAGCCGUACUGCUUCCAGGAAUCGGUUCAGCUCCUCGCCUAUUCCCGAGGCCAAAGUGAACACCGAAGCCGAAGAGGGCAAUGGGCCAUCCAUCAUGUUUGCCGCGCAAAACUCACCUCCGCGCUUUGCAAACAAGCUUGAUUCUAUCUACGCUCGUCGCCCAUCUGCCGUGUCUCCCACCUCCCCUGGGGCCCACAGCAGCCCACAUGCACAUGCAGCAGGGUACCCAGGUGGCGCGUCCGUUCCGCUGUCUUUCAAUGAUCUCCCCAGCCGUGCACAGCAUUUGAUUCUGAACGAGUUGAUGGUUCGGCAAAGUGGUGAUACCGCCGUUAUUUUCACGACUCUGCCGUCUCCCGUAGAGGGAACUUCGCUUAGCGCCGAGGACAGUGCGUCUUAUUUGAGUGACCUGGAAGUACUGUGGCAAGGCUUACCCCCAUGUUUACUGGUGCACAGUAAUAGCAUGACCGUGACGAUGAACCUGUGA